AUGGCAUCAGCAGCGAUGGAUGUUGACGAAGAAGAGAUUGAUAUGCCUACUUCCAGUAGUGGAAGAGGCGACAAAAAACGCUUUGAAGUUAAAAAGUGGAACGCUGUCGCACUUUGGGCUUGGGAUAUUGUUGUCGAUAAUUGUGCUAUUUGUCGAAACCACAUUAUGGAUCUUUGCAUUGAGUGCCAAGCAAAUCAAGCAUCAGCUACCAGUGAGGAAUGUACAGUAGCUUGGGGAGUUUGCAAUCACGCUUUUCAUUUUCAUUGCAUUUCUCGUUGGCUUAAGACACGUCAAGUUUGUCCUCUUGAUAAUCGUGAGUGGGAGUUCCAAAAGUAA